CUGACGCCAUGUUGACCAAAACAAAAUGGCUGAAUAGGAGAUUAGUUGACAAAAGUCAGCUGGAUGCGUUUACGGUUUCUACCGGCUGCUUUUCAGAGUCUACCGCAACGCCAUCAUAUGGCGUGUUGUACGCUUAACAAGAAGACGCACAGUGCUGUUAAAUACACAGGUGUUUUCUCUCUUAAGUGAUCAUGAUCAAGUUCCUGCUGAUGGUGAAUAAACAGGGCCAAACUCGCCUGUCCAGGUAUUAUGAGCAUGUGGACACUGGGAAGAGAGCUGCUCUGGAGGCCAAUGUGGUCAAGGCCUGUUUAUUCAGGAAGAAGGACGAGUGCUCAUUUGUGGAGUACAAAGACUACAAGCUGGUGUAUCGGCAGUAUGCGGCUCUUUUCAUUGUAGUUGGCAUCACUGACAGUGAAAAUGAACUCUCCAUUUAUGAGCUUGUCCACAACUUUAUUGAAGUGCUUGACAAGUACUUUAGUCGGGUGAGUGAACUAGACAUUAUGUUUAAUUUGGACAAAGUACACAUCAUUCUUGAUGAGAUGAUCCAGAAUGGACACAUUGUGGAAACCAACAAGAAUCGCAUACUUGCACCACUGUUGGCCUUAGACAAGAUGGGAGAAGGAUAAAUAAACAGCUCCAGGAAGAAAACUGUUUUCGUGCACAAUUUAUUUCCAUUUCUGUACCCCAUCCAUCCUGUAACUAGACCACACAGUUUAAUUGUAUUUGUUCAUAGCCUUUAUAAUACUGAUAUUACGCAGUUCUAAUCAUUUGUCAUGUUCUACACACUGCCUUCUCUGGACUUCUCAACUCAGAGUGUGUCAAAUACAAGUAACUGAAUGGAAAACACCAUAGUAAUCAUACAUUGCAAACAUUUUAAUGAUUAUUUUGGAGCAUACACAUUUGAAAAUAUUUGUUUACUUCAAACUGCAACUUGAGUUAAAUAAAUGUAUAUAAUAUACAAAGAAAAUACAAGGAGAAGCAUAGCUUUUCAUUUCCCCCCCACAGUGUGCCUUGCACACAACCAGUGUUUUUAUCUCUGUAGCUUUAUUGUAAAAUUACACAUAUGCAGUCAGGGAAUUUGAUCCUUUUAUAACAGGGUGAUGAACACUUGAAACGUACACUAACAGCUAGGAGAGGAGAAAAAGAAAACAAAAUAGAAGAGGAAAUGCAUGGGAAAAACAGCAUGUUUGUAUGAUUGUGUGCUGAAUGAAAAACAAAACGAGAUGAAAGAAAAAAAAAAAAAACACAA